AUGCUAAAAUAGAUCCUAAUAUCCAUAAUUGCUCUAGCAGGUUUAGUCUCGGCAAAGUUUUCUUUUGACGACAUUAAAUUUAAUGAGUAUAAUUUUACUCAGUUAGUCGACCAUACCCAAGGUUCAUCAGAUAAAAGAACUUUCAAUCAAAGAUACUUUGUUAGUACUGACUAUUUUGACAAGGACACCGGCCCAGUUUUCCUUUACAUCUGUGGUGAAGGUACUUGUAAACCUCCAACUGAUAGAGGUUAUCCAGUAAUGGUAGCAAAAGUUAUGAGUGCUAUGUUCGUUGUUCUAGAGCAUAGAUUCUACGGUUCAUCCUAGCCUUUUGAAGAUUGGUAAACAGCAAAUCUCCAUUAUCUUAACGCAACAUUAGCAUUAGCAGAUUUAGCUAAUUUUAUCGACUAUGUAUAGUCAUCAAUAAAAGCUCAGUAUGGAGGAAAUGAUAGAAAAGUUGUUACAAUUGGAGGUAGCUAUCCAGGUGCUCUUUCUGCAUGGUUCAAGGCUGCUUACUAAGACAAAGCAGUUGCUGCUUGGUCAUCAUCAGGAGUUAUUCAGCCAAUUAGAAAUUUUGAUCUCUUUGAUACAGACAUAUACACUGCUACAAGUAGAAGUGGCCCUCUAUGUCCUUAAGUCAUUCAAGAAAUUACAACUUAUAUUGACACAGCAUUCCGUAAUCAUGAAAAAGGCAAAGAUGAUGAUUACUCGUAUAUUCUCAGAGUAUUUGGAAUUGACUAAGUCAAAAAUGCUGGAGAUUUCAUGUUCUUCAUUGCUGAUAUAUUCACCAUUGGAGUUCAAUAUGGUGGAAGAAAAGAGCUCUGCUAAAUUUUGAUGAGUCUGGAAUUCACUGAUGUCAAGAAUAGAGUACCAGUUAUCGCUCAAUAUGCAAAGAAUUAGAAAUUAGACUUUUCGUAAUAUGAUAGAGUUGCUCUACAAAACGUUACUUAUGACAUUGACAAGAACAUGAGAUAAUGGACAUGGCAAUAUUGCACAGAAUUCGGAUGGUUCUAAGUCCCAGCAGAUAAAAAUCCAAUGAGAUCAGCUUAUAUAAAUGCUGAUUACUGGGUUCCAUAUUGCGAGGAGGUCUUUGGUAUCAAAAUAGGUGAUCCAAACAUAAAGUACUACACUGACACCUAUGGUGGAUUAGAUAUCAAUGCUAAAAAUAUUUACUUUGUAAACUCAAUUGAAGACCCUUGGUAAUGGGCUGGAAUGAGAACUAUUCAUAAUAAGGAUACCUAAAAAGACUUGGUUGCUACUUUAAUUGAUUGCAACGACUGUGGUCAUUGCCAAGAUUUAAAAACUCCAUCAGAUGCUGAUCCCCCUGCUCUUAGACUUGCAAGAGAUGACAUUCUAUUGAAGCUCAAGGGAUGGAUUAACCCAACCACUCCUAAAGAAAGACUCUUCUUAGAGUGA